AUGGACCUAUCCUGUGGCACCAGCACUAAACCUCGUGCGGACAUCGCCCUCCACUUCAACCCCCGUUUUAAGGGAUCGCUGUGCGUUGUUUGUAACUCCCUGGUGCAGGAGAGUUGGGGCAGGGAGGAGACCCUUCAGAAGCUGCCCUACAGACAGGGAGCAGCCUUCGAGACUAUUAUCCUGGUCCAUGAUGAUGUCUUUAAGGCAAGUGGACCAAUGUCUGGGAGUUACCUUAUUUACCGUACCCAUGUUUAAGGUGACCUAACCAGGAAAUUAGGCCACAUACAGGAAAAACUCCCUAUCCUACAUUUGCUUGCACAUUCACUACUGUUGAGUCAAAAGAAGCUAGUAUAGUCAUGCAAAAGUCAAGCAACUCUAAUGUAAUGGAUUUUUGUGAUCCUGUGUGAAUGCUGUUCUCCUUUGUACCUGCAGGUGGCAGUAAAUGGUUCUCAUUUGUUAGAAUACAAGCACAGAAUCCCACUGGACAGGAUUGACACAUUUUCUAUAUCUGGGAAAGUCAAGGUGCGCGCCAUUGGCUUCAUACCAAACUCAGUAAGUACCCCCUCCAAUACGCUUACUAUAAGUCCAUAGAAUAGAUCAUGUUUUCAGCUCGCUCUAUAAUGAAUGUCUUCAUUAUUAUUUUCUCCUGUAGGCAAUAUACUCAAUCUCAGGUGAAUCAGGUGACCUGGUGAGUUGUGUGUUAUAUUUGCCAUAAACUAUAAAGGAUAGAUCUAUAUUAGGCAACAUGACCAAUUGCAUCAAUAUGUUGAUAAGUGUACAGACAUGGCCUAUAUCGGAUGCAUUUUCAGAGUCUCCCUUACAAAGGCAGUCUACUGAAAGGGGUGAGUCCAGGACAGCACAUCACAAUCAAGGGACAGGUCAGCAUGUACCCACACAGGUAAGCAAUUGGACAGUACUGAGUAUUUAAACCAUGUUCCAAGAAACUAGACAGUGUACCUUUUGAGGGAGUGUGUACUGCCCAAUGCCCACUAUCCAUGACAUCACAGGAGGCUGCUGGAAUGGAGCAAAUGUAAUGGCAUCAAACACAUGGAAACCAUGUGUUAAAUACCAUUCCACUAAUUCCGCUCCAGUCAUUACCAUGAGCCCGGCCAUCCCAAUUAAGGUGCCACCAACCUCCUGUGCAUGACAAUGUAGAAUAACCUGCAUCAUUGUUUUUCUGAUGAACCUCUGUCUGGCAGCUUCACUGUGAACCUCCGCAACAACAGCAGUGAGAACAUCGCUCUGCACCUGAACCCCCGGAUGAAGUCGGCCAUGUUCAUCAGGAACUCCUACCUGAGUGAGUCCUGGGGACCAGAGGAAAGGGAGCUUCCCUUCUUCCCCUUCUCACCUGGGGAGUACUUUGAGGUAUGCUUACUUUGUUCAGCUGGAUGCUGUUUCUAAAUAAGCGGUUCUCACACCAUCUGCACAUCGUGUUACCUGUAUUAUUGGAACUCUUACUAGUCUUUUUCACUGCAAGUACUCUCUCUCUGCCCCAGAUGCUGAUCCUCUGCCAGCCCCACCAGUUCAAGCUGGCGGUGAAUGGCUCUCACCUGUUGGACUACAGGCACCGGGUGCAGGACCUGAGCACCAUCAACCAGCUGGAGAUCAUGGGUGACCUAGAGCUGAUGGAUGUCAAGCUGUGGUGACCCAUGACAGAGGCAAAGCUAGGCUACGCCCCAAUGGGCUAAGCUAAGCCAUAUUCUGGAUGACAGGCCCGUUUACAACUCCCCCACCCUGGGCAGUGAGCAGUGCUUGAGCCGGCUGGUGUUGAACUGGCCUGAUUGUGGGCUCCAAUGUCUGAGCCAUGAGGUUUACAGCUGAGGUAGCCUUGGAUCUGUUCGAGUGGAUCCACAGGAUUUUACAGUCAAUAUACUUGUAUGCACUAUCUGGUGCAAUGUGUAAGGGAAUCUGGUAUGUGUAAUGACAGGAGUAUUAUAGAAACAGACUCGUUUACACCUUGCUCUAACCUGGACAGGAGUAUUAUAGAAACAGCCUUGUUUACACCUUGCUCUAACCUGUGGGUUUUGUGAUCUGAUCAAUAUGAUCCAAUC